CAUUGAAAAAGAACUCGGAUCUUUUAGUUCAACUGGUUUUCUGGACUCUGAAGUGGGAGUGCCCUCCUGCCAGAAUAUCUGCCUCUCUCUCCUUCUCUCUCCUUCAGUGUGUCUUUACCUCUCUCAGCCUCUCCUCCCUCUCUCCAGCAGAAGCACACGUCUCAGCACACGGCAAAAUGUUUUUUGCAAAGAAUUUAAUCAAAGGCAUCAUUGAUGUUGUGAGCAACAUCGACCCGGAGCAGUUUAAGUCUGCAGACCCUCCUCCUCCUCGCAGACCUCUGAACUUCGCCGAGUCUCAUGAGAACGAUGAGGAGAAACAGUUUCGGAGGGUUUUCAAACAGCUGGCCGGAGAGGACAUGGAGGUGAGCCCCGAUGAGCUAAAAAACAUCCUCAACAAAGUCAUGGGCAAACAUGGAGGCCUGCAAACUGAUGGUUUCAGCAUCGAGUCCUGCAGGAGCAUGGUCGCUGUCAUGGACAGUGACAGCACAGGUAAACUGGGCUUCCAUGAGUUCAAAUACAUGUGGAACAACAUCAAGAGAUGGCAGGCUGUCUAUUUAAAAUACGAUGCAGAUGGUUCAGGUACAAUCAACUCUCAUGAACUGCCAAAUGCCUUCAAGGCUGCAGGCUUCCCUCUGAAUGACCAGCUCUACAAGCUGAUUAUCCGUCGCUAUAGCGAUGAGAACGGCAGCAUGGACUUUGACAAUUUCAUUGGCUGCCUGGUGCGACUCGACGCCAUGUGCAGAGCCUUUAAGACUCUGGAUAAGGACAAGACUGGCACCAUCGACCUGGACAUCAAGGAGUGGCUUCAGCUGACGAUGUACUCAUGAAGCGUUGGAGGGGAAGCUGCUCCACAACAAAAACCUUCUUCUCUUCUUUCAUCUCAUCCCUCACUCCCUCUCAUUGCACUUCUGUGUGUGUGCGCACUUGUGGAUGUGCAAUAGUGUUUGAACCCCCCUCGUCAUCAUGGUAACGGGACCAAAAGUGUAAGAGUUAGAGCUAAAGCAAAGGGGAAAAUCAAACUCGGACCAAAGUGGAGCUGAUUCUGCUGUUGCACUGUCCCGCUGCUACCAGGCGGUGGUGCUACAACGUCCCCCAUGUUACAUCUAUAUUUAGGGCAAAGGAUUUGUAUCAGAAGCCGAAUAAAGUGACACAACUGACAAUUAA